AUGCGAGUACCAUAUUCUUCGUUGGGAAACCAUCGCUAUAUAACGGUUUUAGGGCAGCUUUACGUUACCCCGGCGACACCGACAGAAAACGACUGGGAUAUCUUUUCGGUAUCUCUGCGCUUCUUGCUCCCUCUGGCGGGGCUGGGAAUUGUCUGGAUUCGAAGAAAUGCUUUCGCGCAACUGUGGAUGCACUUGGAUCGCACAUGCGUAUCUGUAUUUCUGCCAUCGCUGAGCCACCGAGAAAAACUACUUAAAUGGGCACGAGAUAGGCUGCCCAAUCAAUGGUCGUCGCCCAGGCCCACGUUAUCUGGAGGAGUUUCCGAUUUGUGGUACGAUGGUUCCCUUCUCUGCGCGAUUGUCAAUACCGCAGUGCCAGGCGCAUGUUCCAACCCACACAAGCACUGGAAGAAACCACCCGCGCAUGCUCAAGAAUUGGCGUUCAAAUAUUUGGGAGUUAUUCCGAUAUUCGCGGAAGCCGAUCUACACGGCCCUCUAAACGCCGAAUUGGAACAAAAUUUCUUACGAUUUCUGUGCCUGCUGCGCAAGGCCGUCGAUGGCGUGACGCAGAGUAGGCCUACGGUAACUGAUAUUUCGAAAGCUUACAUUGCCAGGGGGAUGGGCCUCUAUGCGGGAGAGCAGUACAAAGAAAGCGUUUUCUAUAUUUACCCUCAAAUAAAUCCCUGUUACUAUUACAAUAUAGGUAUUAGCGUCAAAGGGCCUUACUCGACUCAUGGUAGGAUAGAAUUUUCGCAAAUGUGUCCGGAUAGCCCAACAACGUACCAAAACCAGUUGGUAAAUCCAAAUGCAGAUACCACGGGGCUUGCUAAGGUUUGUUCUACCAGCGAAUCAGAUACGGAUAUCAUAAAAAUCAAAGUCACCAUUGAAAGUGCACGCGCUCGUAUUGCUUUCAUACCAAAGAGUGACGGAAUACACGAAGUCUCUAUCGAGUCUAAUUCAGAACCAAUUAUCGGCAGUCCCUAUUAUGUAAAUGUCUUCCAAGCAGCCAGCAGCAGUUGCAAUUCGAAAAACGCAUCCAGAACUCGAAUUAAAAGAAGUUUGCUUGUGGAGUUAGCGAAAGAAAAUAACAUGAUUGACAGAAACCCGAUAGAUGAACAAUUGGGCUGUUACAUCAAGAACUUAAACCUUUCCAGUUUCGACGACGAUAGCAUGAACCUCAAAAAUAUCAAGCCCAACAAUAAAGAUUUCAAAAAUCUUUGUAAUAUAACCAAGAAAUCUAUUUCCAAUAGUUUGGUGGAUAAAUUCUUAGAAAAGAAAAAUUUUACCCAUUUCCCUGUCAAAAUUAAUAUGCAAGCAUCAUGCGAUAAUGAGGAGGUCGCGAUCAAACCCAAUCCAGUAGCAGUUCCUAGUUCCCUUAGUACUUCUCCAAUAUGCUCCGACCAUAUUGCCCCAGAAGACGAUGGUAACAAUCAGGCAAGUUUAAAAGGUCGCUGCAGUGCAAACCAGCACCAUUGUAAGCAACAUUCUUCGGAUAACGGCCAGAAGUCUUCGUAUUCUACAAAUGAGAAUAUAAGAAUGACCAAAGGUGACACAGACAAGAGAACUGACCUAAUAAUUGACUCAAACAAGUACGCUCCGUCAUCGCAUGAGUGUCACGAGUAUCAAACGUGUUUGCACAAGGAAAAAUCCAGUAGCAUGACCAAUUUGUCAUACCAUCCAGAGAGCCUCGGAUGCUGCUUACUUUUGAAAAGACUAAACGCCCACACUAACUUAUCCAAGUCCCAGGCAGAUCUGAGAAGUCGUCCCGUCCCUCCGAAUAUUAAAAAGUAUAAAUCCAUGGACCACAGUUUAGACGCCUGCUCUGAGGAAUCAAUCGAGAAGAGGCGUUUGGACUAUUUGAAACAAACGCAAUUCAAUCAUAUAGAAUGUGGAAGUGCUGAUAGCCAGGAAGAGGUCAAAAUUAACAGUUCAAAUACUGAUAGAAGUACAGUACAGUUUGUCGAAGGAAGGGGUAAGGUAGAUCAUUUGACAUUCAAGGAAGCCAGAAAUUAUUUCAAGUUUCUGGAGGAGAAUGCAAAGAAACCGUUUAGAACUAUAAUCGAGUUGGACAAAUUUGUUUACUCCAAAGAUAGAAUGUGGUACCAGACUAUCAACUCCUGUCGUAUCACCCGGACGAAUAGAUUGAAAGCGAACCAGAUUUACAGAAACGCACUCACCAUGCUCCAGAAAAAUUGUCAUUGUAGUUCGGUAGACGAUGCGCUGACCGUUAUCUCUAACGAAGACGCGAAUUUCCUGAAGGAGAGUGUUAUGAAAUUUGCGAAGCAAAAAAAGAGACACGAUCUUAAGUCAGUGUUUGGCAUCACGUACUGAUCACGAAUGUUCAAGUGUUUUUCGUUGUUUGUUGUAUUUUCGAGUACUGUACGUGCAAGGAGACUAUAUGGUACAAAUAUAAUUUUAAUCUUAAUUGAUAAGGUUUAAUUAAUAACAGAGGAAUGUUGCACUGAAAAAUUUUAUUUGUAGACAAACUAUAAAAACCUCACAAACUAAUAACGUUCGUA